UGGAACUAAAGCCCAGUCCAAAUUGUUUAAAUUCAUCAACAAGAGACACUGAUGAAGCCAUUGGAGUGCUACUACGUUUAAAUGCAUGCCAUUCGUUGUAUAGAAAGCUUCGUUCACUCGCCAAAGCUCUCAUCUUGCUCUUCUCUCCUUCGAAUCCCUUCUCCUUCUCCUUCUUCUUCUCCAUUUGAUCACUACCAAGCUUCAAAUUCCAAUGCACUGCCCCCUGAUCCUUGUUCUUAUACCAAUCUCAUCGUCUCCUAUGCCAAACAAGCCGCCUCUUUGCGUGCACGCAACUUGUUCGACGAAACGCCGGAAAGAAUCAAGACCUUGCUGCACUGCAAAAUUAUCCAUUGUCGCGUGUUAAAGUUCGGUUUUUGGUUCGGUGGUAGCCUUGGAAAUGCGCUUGUUGAUCUCUAUGCCAAGUGUGGUGAGCUUGGUAAUGCAUGGAAAGUGUUUGAUAGGCUUGCUGAGCGUGAUGCAUCAGCUUGGAAUUCAGUCCUUUCAGCUCAUGCUAGAUGGAGAACGCCUGUGGAUGUUGUUUCUUUGUUUAGGGAAAUGCAGUGUUCUGGCUGUACACCUGAUCAGUUUGGUCUUGCCAUUGCGCUGUCUGCUUGUGCGAGGUUAUCGGCAUUGGCUUAUGGAAGAUGUAUCCAUUGUGACGUUGUCAAGUUGGGAUUUUGCGCAAGUUCACACUGCGAAGGAGCUUUGAUCGAUAUGUAUGCAAAGUGCGACAAAGUGCUUGAUGCUCGUCUUGUGUUUGAUGGAGUUCAUUGUCCGGAUACAAUCUCCUGGACAACAAUGAUUGCUGGUUAUGCACGUAUUGGUAUGUCAGAGGAAGCUUUUGAAUUGUUCUUGAGAAUGCGCGAUGUAGGUGGCACGCCGGAUCAAGUUACAUUUGUCACUGUUAUAGCUGCGUGUUUGAGUUCAGGGAGAUUAGACUAUGCACGGAGUUUGUUCAUGCAGAUGCCUAGUCCUAAUGAGGUUGCUUGGAAUUCGAUAAUUUCAGGGUAUGCACAAAAUGGGCAUGAGGAUGAAGCACUUGAGCUCUUUAGGGAAAUGAGAGGGAAGGGUGUGAAACCUACAAGAUCAACACUUGGAAGUCUGUUGAGUGCUAUUGCCAAUUUAAUGGCCAUUUAUCAGGGACAACAAGUGCACUGUGAGGCCAUUAGGCUAGGUCUGGAUUCAAAUGUCUUCGUUGGAAGUUCACUGAUAAACAUGUAUGCCAAAUGUUGCAGGAUAGAAGAUGCGAGCAAUGUGUUCAGCAUGUUGCCAGAAAGGAACAUCGUUGUUUGGAAUGUGAUGCUCAGUGGAUAUAUGCAGAAUGGCAAUCCAAAUGAAGUUACUGAAUUGUAUAUUGAAAUGAAGAGAGCUGAGCUCCAACUGGAUGAGUUUAGUUUCGUCAGUGCUUUCAGUGCUUGUGCGAUGCUCGAAAAUGUAGAUUUAGGCAGACAGUUACAUUCUGCUGUAGUUAAAGGUGAUUUCGAUGGAAGUUUGUUUGUAGGUAAUGCUGUUGUUGAUAUGUAUGCCAAAUGUGGGGCACUAAAUGAUGCUAAACGUCAAUUUGAGCUUAUUUUAAGUAGAGACAUUGUUUCCUGGAAUGCACUAAUAGUUGGAUUUGUUCGCAAUGAAGCCGAAGAUGAAGCUUUAAGUAUGUUCAGAAGAAUGAGAUUGGAAAGAGUGGUUCCUGAUGAGGUUCUUUUAGCUAGCAUCAUCAGUGCUUGCACUAAUAUACAGGCUUUGGAGGAAGGAAAACAGAUGCAUUGCUUAUCUAUCAAGUUUGAUCUUGAAUCUGAUGUCUCUGUUGGGAGUUCUCUUAUUGAUUUGUACGCGAAGCACGGCGAAAUAGAUGUUGCUGAACAAGUUUUCCAAAGAAUGCCUGAGCAAAGUUUGGUUCCAAGGAAUGUUAUAAUCACUGGUCAUGUACAAAACAGUAAUGAAGAAGAAGCCUUCAAUGUGUUUCGGCAAAUGCAAAUAGAUAACAUUGAACCAUCCCGAGUAACGUUUGCAAGCAUUCUGUCUGGAUUUUCUGGGCCUCUGGGAUUAAGAAUGGGAAACCAAGUGCACAGCCAUAUAUUGAAGUCUGGCCUCCUUGACGACGAUGAAUUCUUAGGAGUCUUACUGUUAGGCAUGUAUUUGAAGUGCAAGGCCAUUGAAGAUGCAAACAGGUUUUUUCAUGAGAUGUCCUAUAUCAGGAGUUUGGUAUUGUGGACAAGCCUUAUUUCAGGACAUAUUCAGAAUGGUCAAAGUGAAGAUGGACUGUUAAUUUUUCGUACAAUGCUCAACACUCUCAGUAUCAUGCCAGAUGAAGCAACUUUUGCUAGUGUUCUUAAAGCAUGUGCUGAUUUAGCUGAUCUGAGAGUCGGUAAAACGAUUCAUGCUUUCAUUAUUCAAACUGGUUUCUGCUCACAUCAGUAUACAACCAGUGCACUCAUUGACAUGUAUUCUAAGUGUGGAGAUGUGAAUGAUUCUUUCCUGGUUUUUGAAGAACUGAAGAACAAACACAAUGUCAUCACAUGGAAUUCGAUAAUUGUUGGAUACGCGAAGAAUGGAUAUGCCGGUGAUGCGCUUAAUCUCUUUCAGCAGAUGCAACAAUUGCAAGUAAAACCUGAUGACAUUACUUUCCUUGGCGUGCUUACAGCUUGCAGCCAUGGAGGACUGGUCUCCGAGGGUCGUGAUCUGUUUAAUGUGAUGGUGAAUAAGUACAGGAUAACUCCAAGAACCAAUCACUAUGCUUGCAUGAUCGAUCUACUCGGUCGCGGUGGCUAUCUUAAAGAGGCUGAGGAAUUCAUCAAUGACCUGCCAUUUAAGCCUGACGGUGUGAUUUGGGCGACAAUGCUUGGAGCCUGCCGAAUUCACGGUGAUGAUGCCCGAGCCCAGCAUGCAGCAGAGAAGCUCAUUGAGCUUGAACCACAUAAUUCUUCGCCUUAUGUGAUGCUCUCUAAUAUAUGUGCAGCAUCAGGAAACUGGAUGGGUGCUAAGAUAGUUAGAGAAACAAUGAGAGAAAGAGGUGUGAGGAAGUCACCUGGUUGCAGUUGGAUUGUUUCCGGAAAGAAAACUAGUUUAUUUGUUGCAGCAGAUCAAACGCACCCUGAUUAUAUGGACAUACAUGCAGCCCUGAAGGUUUUGACAAUGGCAAUGAAAAAUGAAGGUGAUGUUGCUGACAUUGAAUUACUUCAACUCGAUGAAGAAUGAGUUCAAGGCAUCAUAAUGUA